GGGCUAUGGGGGUGCCAGUGGGGCUAUGGGGCGCACCCCCCAUUUCAUAGCUGUGGGGCAGAGCUAUGGGGCAGGGCUGUGACCCACUGCUGUGACCCACUGCUCCCAUCCCCGUGCCGGCGGAGCCGCCCGUGCCUGGUGCCGGCGUUGGCAGCCGCCGCCUCGCGCCGUGGCCGGUGCCGCUGCCAGGCCCACGGUUAAUGAUUGACCGUGGCCCGCGCUGCCCGGUGCCGCCCGUGCCGGCACGUGACCGGGAACGGCACCGGGGCCCCUCCGUGCCGCGCAGCCACCCAUGGAAUUCCUGCUGGCCCUCCCGCCCGAGCAGGACGUGGCGGGCGCCGUGCCGGGCGCGUUCCCGGCGGAGGAGGAGGAGGAGAAGGACCUGAACAAAGCGCUGGGAGUGGAGCGCUUCGAGGAGAUCCUGAACGACGCCCGCGCCCGCGGCUCCGACGACCCCGGACGCAGCUACGGAGAGGAGGACUUCGAGUACCACCGCCAGUCGUCCCACCACAUCCACCACCCGCUGUCCGCCCACCUCCCGCCCGGCGCCCGCCGCAAGAAGGGCCCUCCCCGCAAGGGACGGCUGAAGCCGCGGCGGCCACAGGGCCCCGGCGAGGCCUUCGCCAUCCAGGAGGCCGAGGAGGAGGAGGAGGACGAGGAUGGAGACACCGAGGCCGAGGAACCGCCACAGCCGGAGAGCGUCCAGUUCUUCCUGCAGGAGGAUGAGACCCCCGAGACCCCCGGGACGCCCCACGAGGCCCGCGCCGAUGCGGCCGAGGGCGUCGCGGCAGAGGGGGCGGCGGGCGCCGAGUGCGGCUCCCCGGGCCGUCCGGCCGCCAGGGCGCCGCCGGGGCACCGCAGCUACAACCUGCACGAGCGCCGGCGCAUCGGCAGCAAGACCGGCGCCGAGCUCGCCCACUUCCAGAAGGUUCCGACCGAUGAGUCGGAGGCGCAGACGCUCGCCUCGGCCGACCUCGACUACAUGAAAAGUCACCGCUUCGAGGACGUGCCGGGCGUUCGCCGGCACCUGGUGCGCAAGAGCGCCAAGACGAUCCAUGCCGGGAAGGAGCCGUCGGAGCCCAGCACGCGGCACCGCAAGCACGACCGGCAGCCGCACGAGGUGUUCGUGGAGCUGAACGAGUUGGUGGCCGACAAGAACCAGGAGCUGCGCUGGAAGGAGACGGCGCGCUGGAUCAAAUUCGAGGAGGACGUGGAGGAGGAGACGGAGCGAUGGGGGAAGCCCCACGUCGCCUCCCUCUCCUUCCGGAGCCUUCUGGAGCUGCGGCGCACCCUGGCACACGGGGCCGUGCUGCUGGACCUGGACCAGAAGACGCUGCCGGGGGUGGCCCACCAGGUGGUGGAGCAGAUGGUGAUCACGGACCAGAUCCGCGCCGAGGACCGCGCCAACGUGCUGCGGGCGCUGCUGCUCAAGCACAGCCACCCGAGCGACGAGAAGGACUUCUUCCCGCGGAACAUCUCGGCCGGCAGCCUGGGCUCCCUGCUCGCCUCCCACCACGGCGGCGGCCACGGCGGCGAGGGCGCCGAGCUGGCCGUCACGGAGCCCCUCAUCGCUGGCGAGCCGGCCGCGCGCGUCGACGUGGAGCGGGAGAGGGAGGCCGCGGCGCCCGCCGGCAUCGCUCGCUCCAGGUCCAAGCACGAGCUGAAGCUGCUGGAGAAGAUCCCGGAGAACGCGGAGGCCACUGUGGUGCUUGUGGGCUGCGUGGCGUUCCUGGACCAGCCCACCAUGGCCUUCGUGCGGCUGCGGGAGGCGGCGGAACUGGACUCGGUGCUGGAGGUGCCGGUGCCGGUGCGGUUCCUCUUCGUGCUCCUGGGCCCCAGCAGCACCCACAUGGAUUACCACGAGAUUGGACGCUCCAUCUCCACCCUCAUGUCUGACAAGCAAUUCCACGAGGCCGCGUACCUGGCGGAUGAGCGCCAGGACCUGCUGACGGCCAUCAACGAGUUCCUGGACUGCAGCGUGGUGCUGCCGCCCUCGGAGGUGCAGGGCGAGGAGCUGCUGCGCAGCGUCGCGCACUUCCAGCGCCAAAUGCUGAAGAAGCGCGAGGAGCAGGAGCGGCGGCUGCUGCUGGAGCCCAAAUCCCCCGAGGAGAAAGCGCUGCUGAAGCUGAAGGUGGUGGAGGAGGAGGAGGAGGACGACGACCCUCUGCGGCGCACGGGGCGGCCGUUCGGAGGGCUGAUCCGCGACGUGCGGCGCCGCUACCCCAAGUACCUGAGCGACUUCCGCGACGCGCUGGACCCGCAGUGCAUCGCCGCCGUCAUCUUCAUCUACUUCGCCGCCCUCUCGCCCGCCAUCACCUUCGGGGGACUCCUGGGGGAGAAGACGCAGGACCUGAUCGGAGUGUCGGAGCUGAUCAUCUCCACGUCGCUGCAGGGCGUCCUCUUCUGCCUGCUGGGCGCUCAGCCCCUGCUCGUCAUCGGCUUCUCGGGGCCGCUGCUCGUCUUCGAGGAGGCCUUCUUCACCUUCUGCACAUCCAACGGGCUGGAGUACCUGGUGGGACGCGUCUGGAUCGGGUUCUGGCUCAUCCUCAUCGUGCUGGUCAUGGUGGCCUUCGAGGGCAGCUUCCUGGUGCGCUUCGUCUCCCGCUUCACCCAGGAGAUCUUCGCCUUCCUCAUCUCCCUCAUCUUCAUCUACGAGACCUUCUCCAAGCUGGCCAAGAUCUUCCAGGAGCACCCGCUGCAUGGCUGCCUCCCGGCCAACGGCUCAGAGCCCUGGCGGAGCGCCGGCGCAGUGCCGGAGAACGGCACGGAGCCGCAGAACGGCACAGCCGCCCGCGCCGCGGCCAAGGUGACGGGGCAGCCCAACACCGCGCUGCUCUCGCUGGUGCUCAUGGCCGGCACCUUCUUCAUCGCCUUCUUCCUGCGCAAGUUCAAGAACAGCCGCUUCUUCCCAGGACGAAUCCGGCGGCUCAUCGGAGACUUCGGGGUGCCCAUUGCCAUCCUGGUGAUGGUGCUGGUGGAUUAUGGCAUCCAGGACACCUACACGCAGAAGCUGAGCGUCCCCAGCGGGUUCUCGGUGACGGCGCCGGAGAAGCGGGGCUGGGUGAUCAACCCGCUGGGCCAGAACGGCGACUUCCCCGUCUGGAUGAUGGUGGCCAGCGGCCUCCCCGCCGUCCUCGUCUUCAUCCUCAUCUUCAUGGAGACCCAGAUCACCACGCUGAUCAUCAGCAAGAAGGAGCGGAAGCUGCAGAAGGGCUCGGGGUUCCACCUGGACCUGCUGCUCAUCGUGGCCAUGGGCGGGUUCUUCGCGCUCUUCGGGCUGCCCUGGCUGGCGGCCGCCACCGUGCGCUCCGUCACCCACGCCAACGCCCUCACCGUCAUGAGCAAGGCCGUGGCGCCGGGGGACAAGCCCAAGAUCCAGGAGGUGAAGGAGCAGCGUGUCACCGGGCUGCUGGUGGCCGUGCUCGUCGGACUGUCCAUCGUCAUCGGGGACCUGCUGCGGCAGAUCCCGCUGGCCGUGCUCUUCGGGAUCUUCCUCUACAUGGGUGUCACCUCCCUCAACGGGAUCCAGUUCUACGAGCGCCUGCAGCUCCUGCUGAUGCCCCCGAAGCACCACCCGGACGUCACCUACGUCAAAAAGGUGCGGACGCUGCGGAUGCACCUCUUCACCGGGCUGCAGCUGGCGUGCCUGGCCGUGCUCUGGGCCGUCAUGUCCACCGUCGCCUCCCUCGCCUUCCCCUUCAUCCUCAUCCUCACGGUCCCGCUCCGCAUGUGCCUGCUCCGCCGCAUCUUCACCGACCACGAGAUGAAGUGUCUGGACGCCGACGAGGCCGAGCCCGUCCUGGACGAGCGGGAAGGCGUGGAUGAGUACCACGAGAUGCCGAUGCCGGUGUGACCGCACGCCGGUACUGGUGUGACCGCGGUGCUGCCAGGAGCGAUGGCUCCAGAGCUGUUCCCGUUCGGAGCCGGGCACCCCAGGCCUUCCCGGGAUUCCUGCCAAAGAGCUGCCAUGAGCCCAACGAUCCAUCCUGACCGCGCCGCGGGGCUGAGCCCCCGGGACCCUCCCUGGGCUCCCACUGGACAAUCGGGCGCUGUCGCCCCCCUCCCCCCGGGUUAUUUAACAAUUAACAUGGCAAUAAACGGCUUUGUAACGAGCUGCGGGGGGGGCUCGAGGGGUGGGGGAGCACCCCUGCAGGCACCAGCGCCCCGUAUCCAUCACCGGGGAUCUCCCUGUGCCGGAUCCGGGUCUGGGGGUUGAGAGGCUCCCUGUUCCAGAUCCGGGUUCUCCCUGUUACAGAUCCAAGCCUCCCUGUUGUGGAUCCAGGUCCCUGUUCUGGAUCCAGGGUCUGGAUCUGGGUCCCCUCAUUUCGGAUCCAGGGUCUGGGUCCAGGUCCCCCUGUUCCAGAUCCAGGUCCCUGUUCUGGAUCCAGGGUCUGGGUCCAGGUCCCCCCGUUCCGGAUCCAGGUCCCUGUUCUGGAUCCAGGGUCUGGGUCCAGGUCCCCCUGUUCCGGAUACGGGCAAUAAAACCAAACAGACU